UUAAUUCCUAAGAUAUGUUGAUAUUGUUUGUAAAAAGGUUUGUUUGUAAAACUUUUGCACAACGCUGUAUGUUAAAGUACUUUAUGCCUCGCAAAAAAAAAUUUUGCCCCGAGUGUUCAUAUCUUUACUAAAUUAAAAUAAAACAUUAACGAAUGACGUCAUCUAUAUAUGAACACCGCUGUUUUGAGGUGUUCGUAGCGAGGUCUCGUAAGAACAAUGGCGACCGAGAGAAUGUCAAAUCCGGCUAAAAAGAGAUGAAGGUGUGUCGGUGUGAAAUAUCAUUUUAUAUUGUUUAAAUAUCACGGUCUACUUAAAAUGCUCUCAAGAAUAUGGCAGGGAAGAAUAUUAGUGUAGAUCGCUGUUUUUUCGAUGCUGAAGAUACUGGAAUACUUGAGUUGUGUGCUCGUAAUUUGAAAGAAUUUCCCGAACAUCCUGAAGAAUGCGAGCUGAUAGAUGUUAUUGAAUGUGAUAUUUCAAAAAAUCGCUUUUUCGAAUUACCUGCGGUAGUAUGUGAGUUUGUAAUGUUGGAAAGAUUAAAUUGUCAUCAUAAUUCUAUCAGGACUAUUGCUGACACGAGCCGUCUCACUUCUCUUACAUGGCUUAAUCUUAGCAAAAAUCAACUACAAAGAUUGCCAGAUCAUGUAUGUGGUCUCCCUCUACAAGUUUUGAUUAUCAGCAAUAAUAAAUUAUCAUGUAUUCCUGAUGAAAUUUGUCAUUUAAAGCAUAUACAAUAUUUGAAUCUAAGUUCUAAUGAGUUGACAUCUCUACCAAGCAGUAUUGGUGAAUUGUCAACAUUAAGAGAAUUAAAUGUUCAUCAAAAUCAGUUAGAGCAACUACCUGAUGAAAUAUGCAAAUUAAAGUUAGAAAAACUGGAUUUCUCCUGCAACAGAAUAACAGUUAUACCAACUGUGUUUCGAUUUUUAACAACGUUAACUGACUUAGUGUUAGGCAAUAAUCCUCUUCAGUCACCACCAGCUCAGUUAUGCACAAGAGGUAGAGGGCAUAUUUUUAAGUACCUUGCAAUAGCAGCUCAAACGCAAGAUAAGGGAAAGGAGGCGACAAAAAAAUACAAUUUAUCUCAUCGGGAUGCAAACAGCAUUCUUACUGAGGCGAAUCUUCUUCCAACUCGGAAAAAGGAACAAAAAUCGUCAAAGAGUUCUGAGGUUGAAAGAAAGAAUAGUGAUAGAGGAAGGAGGAGCUCCAACAGAAGUGCUUCACUUGAAGCUGAGCUAACAAAAGCUCAUCAUUUGCUUUCCGUGGAACGACAGUUUGAUCACACGGGUCUAGACGAGGCAGUCAAUACUGAGGAUAAUUCUAAGAGUACUGGUGACGAGUUACGUGAAACGUCGAGAAAACUUCAAAUUCAACGGGAGAAACAAAAGGAAAACGCAAGACAAAGACACGCAGAAGAGAGUCGUGGAUAUAAACAAGAUAGUUCUAGGUCUUUGGACAGAAGAAAAAUGCCAACAAAUAAAAAACCCGCUACCGUUGUCAAAGUCAUUGGCAGUGAAAAUAAAUCAAGCGUUGUAAAGAAAGUCGAAGUGUCAGAUAACUUGAAAGAAGAUUUGCAAGACAGUCGAAACGAAGCAAAAUUGUCGAAGAAGAAAUUGGAGUCGGAAAAAAAGAAAAUAAAAAGGCAAAGUGAUAGUGAUAGGAAUAGUGCAGAGGAAGAGAAUGGCGAUAAAGAGUUUGUACCGUUCCCGGGAAUACACAAACGAAGCCAGAUUGCAACACCCACCUCAGCAUAUUCUUCUAUGCCAAAUUUUACUGUGAGAAGAAUGUAUGAAAGCGCUCGAGAAGAAUUCGAGAAAGUAGAAUUACUACGGGACGCAAUCGAAAGUCGGUUGAAAGUUAGGUUACCAGAUGAUAUCCCGGCGUGCUUAGCAGACGGCACUGUUCUUUGUCAUCUAGUUAACUACAUAAGAAAAGGGACAAUACCAUCGAUAUUCGUCCCAACACCAAAUAUGCCGAAACUCACUAUGAGCAAAUGUCUGAAGAAUGUGGACUAUUUUCUCGCCGCCUGCUUAAGAUUAGGAGUAGAAAGGGAUAAACUGUGUAACACAUCAGAUAUUGUCCAAGAGAAGAAUCCUGGUAAUGUAUGGUUGACAGUUGAAGCCCUUCUAGCAGAAACAAAGUCAAGUUAACACUAGGUCUCGUAAGAAGUCCCGAAUAUCCUCACGCCGAAUUACGUUUUUGGCUAAAUCUGGCUAUUAAAAGACCUAUCUAUAUGGUAACGAACAUAGGUGAUCUCUACAGUGGUUUGUCCACCAGUCUCGUUUUAUUAAAAUGUACAGUGAAUAUAAAUGUAGAUUUUACAUUAUUAAAUUACGUUCAUGCAUGCAUUCAACAGUAGAGGCAGUAUGGGUGAUGUGCGGCGCGUGCUAAAUUACUGCACAUUUAUCCGAUGCAAUUCAACCUCUAUUAACGCUAAAAAAGUGCGCCGGCCGGUCACUUUAGAUCAGUCUUCGUGAUGUUAAUGUGGACAUGGCGGUAAAAGAUUGCAGUGUGGUGUGUAUGGAACUAAUACGAAUAUUUCUGCAGUAGUUUAUGCCCGUGUAUUUUAAUAUACAACAGAGAAGAAUUUUAAAAUUUAUUUCAACCCUUCUACUAAUAUUUAGUAAGAUCUUGGCAAUAGUGCCUGACACUAGCAUGAAAUAUUAUGUAAGAAUGAAAUUAGCUAAUAGAAAUGAAAUGGUGAGAUUAUUAGGAAUAAAUUAUGUCCUUCAAUACUUCAGUUUUUAGGGUCUAGUAAUUUUUGUGUUUCGCAGGAUUCUCUAAAUAAUGGCAAUGAUCAAUUGAUUAGAUUUAUCCAUUUUUUAUUCUGAUGUGGGGCAUACUAUGUCCUUGCUGUCGUCUUCUGUACUGAUUAAUAAACUUCAUACAUUUUCUGUGAAAUUACACGUUUACCGAAUUAGGAAGAGGAACAUAGAUUUGGUUAAUUGUAGCUUGUCUACAUUAUGUA